CUAUAGGGACCGCUGAGGCGUCGCUGGGGAGGGCACCUGGGUCCGGCGCGGCAGGAGCCCCGCGGCGAGAGAUGGAGCCCCCCCCUGACUGCCCGCAGAAGACCCCAGCCCUCGCAGAGGAGACUGCCAAGUUCCUGAACCGCAUCGGGCCGGGGGAGCUGGAGCAAUGUCUGUUCACCGAAACGCUGGACGUGGUGGCGGCUGAGGCCCAGCCCAGGGACGCGGCGUGGGGCCAGUGGUGGGUGUCAGCCCGGUGGGCACCGUACAAGCGGGCGGGUGAGCCGGUGCGGAGCUGCGUCCUGGUGCAGGCCGGGUGCUGCCACAGGCAGGAUGAGGUGCCAGCCUCCAGCAGCCUCGAAGCCUAUGUGACCCCAGAGAUGGAGACCCUGGAGCAGGAGGAGCAGGAGCGCCUGGAGCGCAGACCAUACCCCAUACAGAGGAGGAUCCACAUGGUGAGCCACCAGCAUGGGAUGAGUGUCACAAAGACCCUCCAGGAGGGAGAGGCAGAGCCACAGUGCUGGAGCUUCAUCUGUAGCCGGGUGCAGGGGCUGCUGCCAGAGGGUGCCAGUCUCUUGCUGCUGAGGGUGCUGGCAUGCCGGCGGGAGGUGCCUCCCGGCCUCGUCUUCCCGACCAUCAACACCGAGGGCCAGCUCUGCACCGCCAGCUACCGUGCCCUGGGUGUGCAGCCGCAGGCGGGGGGCUCGGCGGAGGCAGAGGUGUUUGGGAUCGAGCGAGCCGUGCACUUCGGCGCGGGAGCCUCCACCGUCUGGCACUGCAGCUUCCUCCCUAGCGGGUACGGACCGGGGAGGUCGGGCCGGGGCACUCCCAGCCCCGCGGGGACCAUCACUGGCUCUUCCCCUCGCAGGCGGUUGGCUCGGCUGGUGCAGGUCGGCAGCCCGAUGGUGAUGCGUCUGCAGGAUGAGCCCGUCCCCGCUACGGAGACAGGUGGAGCCAAGUCCCAGCCCCCCUUCCGAAAGCAGCCCCUGGACUGGGAGGAGGACAUCCAGCUCUUCUCCUGGUUCCUGGACAGAAAGGGGGAGCUUCAAGAGUACCACACUGCCUACAUCCAGCAGCACCCCGAGCUCCAGGUACUCCUGUCCGACUUCCUCGUGGCCCUGCUCCUGCAGCAGCCCCAAGACCCUGUCUCCUUUGCCGCAGAAUUCUUUGCCCACAAGGAGCCCCCCGAAACCCCUUUUACAUCCUCUAGGGCUGCCAACCCCAGCCCCUCACCUUCCCACCCUGCGGCUAACAGGGAAUAAAGCUGCCAGCGCUGCCU